AUGAUGAAUUUUACGGAGGAUGCUCCUGUAAAGAAAGGCUCUGUUCUCUUAACAAGGAUGGAAAGUAUAACGGCAUACAAAAACCAACGUGGACAACCCAAAUCUGGAACUCCAGAACAAUCUGACAUUCCAGUGUCUGCUAAUGACAUGUGUUCCCUUGCUGAAUGGCCAUCCCAUGCUCGCCGCAACCAAGCUGGUGGACAGAAGAAGAAAGGGCGAGGUGUUCUAAAAGGUUUUAAAGCAUCUAAGAAGCGUUCUGCCAAUGGAUCUGCAAAGCUAAAUAUUACAUUCUCUGAAAAAUUGGGUGGUACAGUAGGUAUGAACUAUCGUUCGUUCAAGGAUGACGUGGUAGUCAUAAUGAAAAGAAAGUUACCACUCAUUGGAGUGAGGACGUGGUCGGACAUUCACCCUACCAUUCAUCGACUCAUUGUUGCAUAUAUGAUAGACAGAUGGGACCUGGAAGAUACACCAGAAACAGAAGAAAAAGUUCUCAAAAUUGCGAAAGAGAGAUAUAGAGGCUGGCGAUCAACUCUAAGCUCCACUUACAAGGCAUACAAAACAGAUGCAGCUAGAUUGGCUAAUCUGUCAGAAGAUUUACAACCAGAAGAGUGGGAAUGGAUGAUUGAGUACUUUGGCACUGAUUCAAAAUUUCAGGAACGCAGCCAAAAGAACAUUGAUAACCGUAAGAAACAGAAGACAAAACAUAUAAUCAGAUCAAAAUCUUACUCGCAAGUUAGUUUUGAGAAGAGAAACUUGGAAACUGGAGAAGAGCCAGAUUGUAUUGCUCUAUGGGAACUCACCCACACAAACGAUGGAACAUGGUCUAACACAGAUUCCCAGAAAGUUUACGACCAAGCACUUCAAGAGGUUAAAAACAAAGAAGCUGAAACUGAAGGUCCACUUUCAAGUGAGCAGAAAAACAAUGUUUUCUAGACCGCUUACAAAGACACUCUGGAAUGCAAGUCAUCGCAGCCUCGUGGGUACGGAUACAUGGCCAAAACUUCAACUGGUUCUGAAAAGUUCCGUAUCCAGAUUGAAGAGCAAGCUCGUGCUACAGCAGCCACCCAGGAGCGAAACUCUCAGCUCAGCCAGCAGGUCAAUGACUUAGAAGAUCAACUACAAGAUGAACGCGCUAACACACAAGAGAGGAUUAACUUGGAGCAUGCUGAGAGAGAACAACUUGAGGAGAGGUUAAAAGAAGAGCGUGCUGAAAGGGAAAGAUUGUUGCAAGAGGAGCGAACAUCAAGACUGGAAUUUGAAAAAAACAUUA